AUGGGCAAGGGAACUGACAAGCUCUAUAUCACGCACUCGGAAUGGUCGUCUUCAGAUGCCUAUUCCGCAAGCACGGGUGCCCAUGCAUCCGCACGUCACGCCUCCGACGGGACGGCUUUCCGCCGACUACCCUUCAACUUUUGUGCAGCCAGCCUUCAGCCUUUCAAGAACCCAGUCUGCACACCCGAUGGUGUCAUUUUCGACGUGGAAGUCAUUGGCGCAUGGCUGGACAAGCAUCCGAAUCAAAACCCUGUCAAUGGCGAGCCGUUGAACAAGAAGGAUCUGCUGCGAUUGAAUUUCACGCGAAACUCCAACUCUGACUCGCUCGGCGCUGGUCUUGGCGACGGCAGGGGCGACUUUAUCGACCCCGUCACCUACAAGAUCCUCACCGACAACACACACGUAGUGGCCAUUCGUCAUGGGACCUAUGCCAACGUGUUCGCAUGGGAGACGGUGGAACGCAUGAACAUCAAGGCUAAGAUGUGGAAGGACCUCCUCGACGACCAGGCCUUCACCCGUGCCGACAUCAUCACUCUGCAAGAUCCCCAGAAUGCGGCCAGUCGCAAUCUCGAGCAGUUCAAGUACCUCAAAGACGGGCAAGGGGCGCAGCUUAGCAAGGCGCAAGAGGGGGAACGGGACACUACCACGCUCAACGCCGCUGCCUUGGGAAGCAUGGGAGACAAGAUGCUCAAGGCCAAGGGAGCCGUGGAGAGGGCAAGGAGAAUGCGGGAGGCGGGCGGGGAUGUAAACCGAAACUCCACAACCUUGGCCAAGUCGACAGCUCACCAGCCAUCCAACUCGUCUUCGAAAAGCGUGGUUGCCGUGCCUCAUUCGUCGACUCGGAACAAGAGCUUGCCAGCAAACGCCGCUGCAUAUACGACGGGCAAGGCCGCCGCCAGCUUUACAAGUACCGGUCUGACGCCAGAGACGAGCGGCGAACGGGCUCUAUUGACGGAGGAGGAUUUCAUGCUGAAACCAAAACGAGUCAAAACCAAGGGCUAUGCCCGAAUGGAGACGAAUCUUGGCGAUCUGACCAUUGAGCUGCACACAGACACGGCGCCCAAGGCUGUCUGGAACUUUGUACGACUGGCACGGAAAGGUUACUACAAAGGCGUUGCCUUUCAUCGAAACAUAGCCAAUUUCAUGAUUCAAGGAGGAGAUCCUUCUGGAACAGGCAAAGGCGGUUCAAGCAUAUGGGGCAAAUACUUUGAUGAUGAGAUUGAUGGACCGUUGACUCACAACAGCAGAGGCAUACUUUCAAUGGCCAACAAGGGCAAGAACACAAACUCGAGCCAAUUCUUCUUCACCUACAAAGCUACUCCUCACCUGGACCGGAAACACACCAUAUUCGGGCUCGUUGUCGACGGUAAAGAGGUCCUGACGAAAAUGGAGGCAGUCCAGACGGAUGAAAGCAACAGACCCGUCGCCAGCAUCUUCAUCAAGGACAUUGUCGUAUUUGUCGAUCCGUUUGAGGUAUUCCAGAGGGAAAAGAAGGAGCAAGAGCGAAAGGACAAGGAAAAUGAAGAAGCUCGACGCAAAGGGGGCACCGAUGAUGACAGAAUCACUUGGACCGGCAAGAGGAUCCGUGGAGAUUCGGCAGUCGGGUCAGCCGAAGGAAAGGAAAGCGUGGGGAAAUACCUGAUGGGAACCGCGCCAGUUGGGGCUACGGACGAAGUCUUGGAGGAAGCUCGGGAUGAACCCGCGGGCAAGAAGCUGAAGGGAACCGGAGGUUUCGGAAAUUUUGAUAGUUGGUAA